UAUCAUACAAGUCUACUAUUAUACUAGGCAAUAGCUGCUAUAUUUUGAGAAGAAAAUUUUUCAACCAAGAAAAAACAAUUAUGAAAAUCCAGGUACUCCUGUUGCUGUCCUGCUGCUGUUUAUUCGGGGUAUUCUCAGCUAACAAUCCUCCCCCAGAAUUCACUAGUCACCCAGGCAACUUUACAGUAGCUAAUGGCACUGCACCAGGGCCAAACACAGAUUGUAAUAUUACCAGACUUGUUGUGUGGCGGAUGUAUGUACGAGGACAGCUAGUUGAUGAAUUUGGAGGGAGUGAAGGCUUAGAUACUUCACAAUAUGCGAAUUAUCAGGAAUAUAUACAAAUGACAUUUAAUAGGACUGGUCUCAGACUGGUAGGUCAGUUUGUAAGUAGCAUUGAGAUCCCAGUCACAAGAAUCACUCACCAUGGAACUUACCAAUGCCAAGAAGAAAAUAAUGAUUUAUUCAGUUAUCCAGGGACUGUGAUUGUUCAGGGGCCUGUCCUGAUGAGAUUUUUGGAUUCAGCUCAACAGCUAAAUGGGACAGGAGGGCAGGACAUAAUGAAAAAGUUUGUUGUUUUUGGAGCCCCAGACCCAGUACUCAGUAUAGCUAAGGAAGCCUCUAAUGGAGACUACAUCCCAAUCAAUGAUAACAGGAUUACUCUCAGCCUGACCAAUUUCACAUUCACAUCACUCAAACUAAGCGACGCUGGCCAAUACAAGAUAUGGGGCAACAACAGCCACGGGGAUUCUUCCUUUACCUUUAGAAUCAACGUAUCCGGUGUUGAUCAUCCACACAUCCAACUAGAGAGCAUACACACUAAUUUCAUUUAUGGGACAAGCGUCUCAAUCCCAUGCUCAGUCCAAGACUCUGCUUAUGAGCCCGGGUUAGAGAUAUACUGGACACAUAAUGGAGCCAAUGUAUCGCAGAGCAGCCAUCAGUCAAGAGCAUACGAGACGAGAUCAAGCAAUACAGUAUCUGAGCUUAUCUUUCCUGCAUUCUCUACCUCAGACAACGGAGAGUACAAGUGUCACGCUAGCAACUCCAAUGAUGCUGAUGAGAGAACUACAACAAUAAUAGGUGCUCCUCAAAAGCCAAACAUAACUACAUUAACAGUCAGUGGCAAUAACGUGCUUCUUAUAUGGACUGAACCAAUGGCAUAUGGAGCUACCAUUUCUAGUUACUACCUUUCAUACCAGGAUGAACAAAACCAGUUUAGCAUGAAUAUAACAGACUAUAACCCAACCACGGGUCUCACGUUAAAGAUCUGUCCUGGUGGCAAAUUCUAUUCCUUCCAAGUUGCUGCCAUCAAUGAGUACAAUCUCACAGGAGAAUACAGUGAAAUAGUGAGAAAGUAUAUUCAAAAAUGUCCAAUGUCCUCCUCGUCAACCUCAACUUCUUUAGUUGUGACACCAACCAGCGAUUCAUCAGUAACGUCAACAACAAUACCAGCAUCAACUCCACCAGUAGUCCCUACUCUUGGAACUACUGGUGAGGCUGAGUCUCCACCUAUACUGCCAAUUGCAGCAAGUGCAGCUGGAGGAGGGAUGAUCCUACUGAUAGCAUUGGCAGUGUUGGUAAUUGCUAUAUUCUGUUGGGUCUCCAUAUCAAAGAGAAACUCUAACAGACACGGAGGGCGACAGUGGACACACCAGUCAUCAGAAGAAGAGAAUAUCGAUGGACUACAUUAUGGUGGGAAUGGACAUAUACCCAACAAGUCAACCCAGCUCAUGCUCAAUAUCCCUGGCAUCCCCAGCCCCUUGCCAGCUACACCAGGAUAUGGUCCUGCUAUGUGCAUUGAUCCUUGCUAUGAGUUUUCAAGGGACAACCUUGAGCUGACAGACAUCCUGUACGAUGGAAGCUACACCGUCAUAUAUAAGGCAAAGGCUACCGGAAUAAAGGAUAAUAAAUCCAUCGAAGUGAUGGCAAAGUGCAUUAAAGAGGAGUAUGGUGACAUGGACGACUACGUGUCAGCGCUAGUCACAGAAAUGGAGCAUCUAUCACAAUUUGAGCCACACCCAAACAUUGUUGGACUCAUUAAAGUCUGCACAGUAGGAAAGCCAGUUUAUAUGAUAAUGGAGUACAUGUGUCACGGGGACCUCCUGGGUUUCCUCAGAGCAACAAGAGGUCACCCUGACAUGUACACUGUGUUCCCUGGAACAAAGAACGUUCCGUCAAACUUAAAACUAAAAUCUCGGGACUUGCUACGAAUUAUUAGCCAAAUAGCUGACGGAAUGAACUACCUCUCGGGACUAAAGAUUCCACACACAGCCCUAUGUGCUAGGAACAUAUUGGUCGGUACCAGUAUGGAGGUUAAGAUAUACAACAUUGGAGCACAUAAUCUUGAUAGUAACGAGGUCUAUGAGUCACUGGUUAGGUGGUGGGCACCGGAAGUCUUCCAUGAUGGAAACCAUUCUGUACUCAGUGACAUUUGGUCAUUUGGAGUGGUUAUGUGGGAAGUAGUGACAGUUGGCGGUACACCAUACAAUGAUGUUAAUCUCGAUGACAUUUACCCUCAACUAAUGGCUGGUCUGAGACUACAGCGACCAGCUCACUGUACGCAACCAAUCUACGACAUAAUGACGUCUUGUUGGGAAAAUAUACCACAACAUCGACCGACUUUCCUUGAGAUUACGGACCAGCUUCAGAGUCUGAACACAACUAAAAUGAGUUAUUUGGAUUUAAGAAACUACAACGAAAUGCAGUAUUCACAGUUUGACCUCAAUGAGGCAUCACAAAUGUCAAUACUUUAAACUUCAAAAAAAAAAACCACGGCAUCAAUAAAUAAUAAUAUUUAACACUUUCACCUUCUCCCUCUCUCUGCAUCAUUAUUCUUACAUUUCAUUGAUUUCUUCUAACCUUUUAUUUCAAUAUGUCUCUUCUUUUGAUCUUCUUUUCCUCCUUCUCCCUCUUUCUCUCAAUAUUUUUGUAUAGAAUGUCUCAUUAUCAAAUUUUUUAACCACUACUAUAAUAAGUAAUAAUUAUCAUUGUCAGUGUCUAGUCAGUCAGUAUUUGUGGGACUGUAUUUGUUUUUUUCGUUACUUUGUGUUCCGUUUUGUUAUAAAAUGAUUAUAAAUGUUUCAUUAGUCUUAACCUACAUCUCCUGA